CCGCGGGCUCCAGCCCGGAUCUCGCUCGCUCUCGCGAGAUCUCUCCGGGCGGCCCUCGCCACCCCGCGGCCGCGGCCUUCCCAUAACCCCGCGCGGCGCGGCCGGCCCCUUCCUUUUCCGCCAUCUUGCGGCGCCGGCACCAUGGUGCGCAUGAACGUACUGGCCGAUGCUCUCAAAAGCAUCAACAAUGCAGAGAAACGUGGGAAACGCCAAGUUCUCAUCAGACCGUGCUCCAAAGUAAUCGUCCGGUUUUUAACUGUGAUGAUGAAACAUGGUUACAUUGGUGAAUUUGAGAUAAUUGACGAUCACAGAGCUGGGAAGAUUGUCGUCAAUCUCACAGGCAGACUCAACAAGUGUGGUGUAAUCAGUCCCAGAUUUGAUGUUCAGCUGAAGGAUUUGGAAAAGUGGCAGAACAACCUAUUGCCUUCGCGUCAGUUUGGGUACAUAGUUCUGACAACCUCAGCUGGCAUCAUGGACCAUGAGGAGGCUAGGCGAAAACACACAGGAGGCAAAAUCCUGGGAUUCUUUUUCUAAAACUUGUAAAAGAGGUUACUAAUAAAUUGUUCAAAUGGA